AUGAGGAAGGUUAAAGGGGGCUGUGUAUGUAAUGAUGAUGGGAGUCAUGGGAAGAAGGUGAUUGGGGCAGCAGUGAUAAUGACAGUGACAGUGGUGUGGAAGAAAAGUGACUCAAUUAAUGAAGAUGAAACUAAGACGGUCAAAAUGCAAUAUUUUUCCAUGUAAUGGCCAGUGUUGUAGGAGGGGACAGGGCUGGGUAAUAUUAUUUAUGAUCGUGGUAAUAAUGGCUUUGCUGUUGUUGGCAAUGGUGAUGGCUGGGCUUUUGGCCAAGACAAUGGGAACAAGGUUGAUCAUUUUUUAUUGUAGCUGUGUAUGGUAUAAUGGUAAUGGUGGUGAUAUUGGUACCAGUGAUGGCAAGAUGAUGAUGAUGGUGGUGUCGUAAUGUGGCUGGAGAUGGUGCUAUAAUGGUGAUGUUAUGAUGAUGAUGAUGAUGAUGAUGAUGAUGAUGAUGAUGAUGGCAAUGAAGGCAAUGCUGUUGGAUGGUGAUAUUGUUGAUGGUAUCAAUGGCAGCCUGAGAAAAGAGAUGACACUGCAAUGCCACUCCUGGUUUCUACAUGAAAUGACAUCUAAGAAAUGAGUGCAGAAAUUCCAUACUGAUGACCUGUCACUACCCACAUCUGGGUAGUGCUUCUGACUGGUCAUGCCACCAUGCUUCUGGAUUUCAAGUGACAGGAAUAAUCAAAAGAUUUUUGUGGGUUUGAAAUUUUCAAUUUCAGGAUAUUUUUGGGUUGAAAAACUUUGGCAAUAUUUUUUGGGGUAGCUUGAUUUAAGUAGGAUUUUUUGGGUAUUCAAAGCAAUCUAAAGAUUUGUGAAAGUUACUACAUGUCUCGGUGGCUUAAUUCCGUGAAUAAAUUUAUAUGGCUCAGAAAUUCGCCCAAUUUUUUGGGGUUUGAAGGAUUUUUGGGGGGUUUUGUUUGAAGCCCUAGGGAAUUUUUUUGGUUUUGAUUUUUGCCCCCAUUCAAUGAUCCCUGUCACUUGAAAUCCGGAGUACACAAUCAGCUCGGUAGUACCUCCACUAUACCAAUACUAUCACAAUAUCCAUGCGACCUAUUGCAAGACAAUAAUAAUGCAAUAAUUUAAAUUUACCCAAUAGUCAACCCUAAUCAGAAGCGCUACCAGGAUCUGGGGUCUCAGAGUGACAUGUCAUCAGUAUGGAAUUUCUUGAGUAGUUCAUCAGAUGUCAUUUCGCAGGGAAACCAAUGUUGGCAUGAUGAAACGUCGCCUCUUUUUUUAAGCUGUAACAAAGGUGAUGAUCAGAGCUGUUGUUUUGGUUUAGGUACAGUACGGCUGCAGUAUGUAGUGAUUUAAUGAUCUAUUGGCAGUAAAAGCGAUCAUCAUGACAAAAGUCUUGUUGUCAUGGAAGUGCUGAUAAUAAUGGUAUUAACUUUAAACUCAUGUUUUUUUUUUGUGACAUGGCCAAGUGUAAGCAAAGUGAAUGGCAACAAGUCCUUUUCCCUUUUCUUUCUUUAUUUUUUUAACAACCAGCAAUACUGCAGAUAAGUUAGAAUGGACUUUGACCUCCCUUGCUUAAGUGAUAAUAAAUAUUUGAGGUCAUUCAUUUAAAUACUGUUACAAGUCAGUAUUAUAAAAAUAUAAUAAUUAUUAUUUUCUUGUUCCAUUCACUUGAUCUGCUCAUAUUCUUCUGUUUAUCUGCAGAUAAAGGAAGAAAACAGUGAUUAAGUCACUUUUAUAGUUAAGUAACAAAAAAUUUCUUAUGUAUGUGCAGAACACACGAUGUAGGCAACAAAAGAAAAUACUGUAACCUGCCACUUAUAUAAGUCCCACAAGUUAUAGGCUCCAUUACCUGUAAACAAAAAAAUACAUCCGAUUAAUAUAUAGAUUUAG